AUGCUCACUGGAACUACCCUGACCUCUGGUAUUGCGGCCAUCCUCGCUUUGGCUCAUUCGGCAAACGCGGCACCCCAGGCCAUGAGACGUGCCACACCCGAGCUCAGCCUGACUGCUCAACUUCAACUCGCAGACACUGCCGUUGAUCGUUACAAACUUCUCCCAAAGGAUGAAGAUUUCGUCUUCGACUUUACCAAAAGCGAAGCCCCCUUUGCAAACCGCAAGAAUUUCCCUGCUCUCGUUGGAUCUGGAACCUCCUUCAGUAUGACAUCGCUACCAGCAUGCAGCAUGGCCUACCUCCACCUCCACCCUCGUGCCACAGAGCUCUUCGUCGUCAACUCCGGCCGGGUACUUAGCCAGAUGGUACCUGAAGUCGGCGUCGUUGACUCUGAGGGCAAGCAGCGAGUCAUCCAUGCCGAGCUUGGUCCAGGUAUGAUGACCAUCUUCCCCGCUGGCUCGUUCCAUACGCAAGUCAACCCGGAUUGUGAGCCCGCCAAUUUCACGGCGGCACUCACAUCUGAGGACUUUGGUAUUGGUUUGGUUGCGGCGGAGACAUUUGCGCUUAGUGAUGAUGUGAUUGCUGCGACUUUUGGACAGAGUAUUGCGGGUGAGGAUAUUGAGAAAGUGAGAAGUGCUAUUCCUGGGGAUGUGGUUAUUAAGGUUGAGGAGUGUUUGGCCAAAUGUGGUAAGAAGAAGCGUGAGGCUUGA